ACGAGGUUCGCGGUUUGUGUGGGUGACCGUGGAAGAGAGGAAGACUCUGCCACCGCGUCCACGACUGCGAGGAACAGGAAUAGGAACACCGACACGAGGAGCUGACGCGUGUACGAGUAGCUUGGUAGUCCGUCUAGGUAAUCGGCGCUGUCGUAAUCGGGCAUCGGACGCCUGCCACUGUUGGCUCUCCGCGCAGUUGAAGUCGCAGCUGCCAGCAUCGCGCCACGAUUUCUCAGCAGCGAUCUCUCGGACCCGGAAUAUUUGGCAGCGGCGACAGGAACGCCGGUUCUCGCCGAGCUCGACAUUCCCGCGACGAGAUACGCGAGAUUCAAUCGUCGUUUCCAUCGCAGUAGAUCGAUUUAACCGGUUCGAACGACGCUCGCGAACUCGCUGACGCGAUUCGCAGUUCGCGGGGCACCGACGCGCGGCGUUUCGGCGCGGGAUUUUCCUGUCACGCGCACGAGUGCAUCCCCUGCUUUCUCUAAGUCGCCAGCGGAAUUUCUGUGACGACGAGGAUGGCGUCCAACCGAGAUGCACGAGAAUGGCUGACGUGCCGGCAAGUGCUGAACAUCAUGGUGAUCCUGGGAUUCAUGUUGAACUACAUGUUGCGAGUGAAUCUGACGAUCGCCAUCGUGACGAUGGUGAUCCCUAGCAACGUCACGUCGCAUCCCAGCGGACUGCACGCGUCGACCGACUGCUACAGUCACGAAACCGCAAACAUCGACAAUGGUACAACGAUGAUAGGACAACUAACCACUGUCAUCGAUACAUCUAACCAGAAUAACAUUGCAUACCCAUCGAAACGUGAGGAGAUAGAGCAGACCAGGUACUCGUGGAACGAGUACGAAGUCAACCUCGUGUUGGGAAGCUUCUUUUGGGGCUACAUCUGCACGGAGCUUCCGGGUGGAAGACUGGCCGAGGUGGUGGGCCCGAAGAGGGUCUUCGGAUACAGCAUGCUGGUGUCCAGCGUGAUCACGCUGUUCACCCCUCUGGCAGCUACCUAUGGCUACGUCGUAGUCGCUGCUCUGAGGACAAUUCUAGGAUUCAUGCUGGGAGCUACUUGGCCCGCCAUACAACCCAUGACUGCCCGAUGGAUUCCGCCCACGGAGCGCAGCAAGUUUGUCUCAAACAUGAUGGCGUCGUCGCUCGGAGCAGCGAUAACAAUGCCCAUUUGCGGAUUCCUGAUCGCUUCGUUGGGCUGGGAAUCCGUUUUCUACGUCACUGGAGUGAUCGGACUCGCCUGGAGCGCAGCAUGGAUUUUCUUGGUGUUCGAUUCACCGGCUCAGCAUCCGAGAAUCUCCGAUAAAGAGCGUCGCUACAUCGAGCAAGCCUUAGGGACCACGACCACGACCAAGCGUCUACCCGUUCCGUGGAAAUCUAUUUUCCUCUCGGCGCCGGUUUGGGCUAUCAUAAUCACCCAUGCAUGCAGCGUCUUCGGGUACUUUACAGUGGUGAAUCAAUUGCCCACCUACAUGAAGUACAUCUUGAACUUCAACAUUAAACAGAAUGGACUGCUGUCCUCGUUACCGUACCUCGGGAAAUACAUCUUCGCCGUGGCAACGUCCUCGCUGGCCGACUAUUUGCUCAGAAAGAAAAAGCUAUCCGUAACGGCUAUACGGAAAUUGUUUACUACCCUUGCUGUGAUGAGCCCAGGGCUGUUGAUGAUCGUGCAGGCGAAUCUCGGAUGCGAUCGUGUAGCGUCCGUGGCGAUCUUCACCCUCGCCCUGACCAUCAACGGCGCCGUGACGGCUGGUUAUCUAGGAAAUGGUUUGGACAUAGCGCCCAACUUCUCUGGAACUAUUUUCGGAAUGGCGAACACGUUAAGCUCUCUAGGCGGUUUCCUCAGUAGCUACAUGGUCGGCAUGAUAACGUACAAGAAUCAGACUUACGCUCAGUGGAGCAUCAUCUUUUGGAUUCUGGCAUGCACGUACUGCGUCAGCGGGUUAACAUUCGCGAUUUUCGGCACUGGAGAGUUGCAGAAGUGGAAUAAUCCCGAACAGAGCGAAGAUGAAAAGAAAACGAACCUGGAAGGUGCUCCAGAACUCGAAGAAUCCGUGCCUUUGAAGGACAAAUCUCUUUCCUAACAAACGCUCGACCAAUACAUUUCCGUCGAUGCCGAGAGUAAUUGUAUCCACGCGUUUAAAAUAGAUAAUUUAAAGCUAGAUUAUUUCUAAACUGCAUCAUGCCAUGUUCCUCUUUCGUACGAGUACAACGUUUGUAAUUUAUAAAUGAUCGUUACAUAAACGAAAGA